AUGACCAGGCACAAUGCCGGGUUCCUGGUGGCCGAGGAGCUGGCGAGGCGGCAUGGGGGCACGCUCAAGAUCAAGACCGCGUUUCAGGGCGAGUAUUGCUCGGUGAGAGUGAACGACAAGUCCGUGGGGAUCCUGCGACCCAUCACGUACAUGAACAACAGCGGGAUGUCUGCCCGAAAGGUGAUGGACUUCUUCAAGCUCCCCAUGAACGCGGCCAUAGUCCUGGUGGACGAGGUAGCGCUAGACUUUGGCCAGCUCCGGCUCAAGGGAAAGGGGGGUGCGGGGGGGCACAACGGGCUCAAGAGCUUGCAGGCACACCUCAAGACUCCGGAGUACACCCGACUUAGGAUCGGCGUAGGAGCGUCCAAGUUUUCGGAGGCCUUGUCGGACCACGUUCUUGGAGAGUUCACGAGAACAGAAAAGAAGGAGCUCGACAACGUUAUCGCCGACGCGUGCGACGCGGUGGAGCACUGGGUAGAGGAGGAGGACAUGGCUAAGGUCAUGACGCGGUUCAACUCGGCGCGAUGACACUCGGCGGCGGCGGCGGUGGCAGCGCUUUGCGUGGCCGCGGAGAUUACGCCAACAGCCCGAAGCAAUGAUCCCGUGGUUACGGAAAAAGGGAAUGUUAAUAUUUGCUUUACGCGUUGUGCAACCGCUUUUUAGACUACGUUGAGGAGCGGAGAGGAUCCCCCACAACCUUCAAAACCACGACAAGUGCGUGUCACCAUCGAGGGCGUUCUGCGUUAGAGGACCGCCGGAGCUUGGCGCGGUGCAACUGGACAAGCCCCG